UGGGAAAAAGAAGAUGCGCGGUCGUAAGAUCAAUGAUCUUGACCCGUUUCUUUCAUCAUUCAUGGAAAUUCGUAUGCAUUCUUCACUCUCAUCCUGGUAGCUCUCCGUUUUGUUUAUCGUUAAUUACAUAAAUACGGAAAUGAAAUUAAAUCAGACUAAAGACGAUUCGCGCGUUUCCUCUACAACAAAACGGAUGAUUAUUGCGAUGAAUAUUGCGAUGAGUAAACGCGUCAUGAAACUAUACAUAUAAAAUGAGUCUUUUCACACGGUUUGUUCGAACGUGUGAAUUCAGGAAGUGAGAAUAAAGUCACAACAAAUUUUUCGCAUAAACGUUACAACAGGAAGUAUUCGGACAUAUCCAAGUCGUCCAAACAAUCAUUGUUGAUCGAUUGCAAAAUCGCCGCGCUCGCUAAAGAGCCUGGCGGCUUAUCAUAUAAAUAUAAGGUCAGGAAGAAGAAGAGGAUCGAGAAGAAGGAGAGAGAAAAAGUAUUAUCGUUGAGACAGAUAUGAGGUCCUCUCUGAGCCUAGGAGCAGCCUUGCUCCUGACGAUAGCGAUCAUCCGGUCAUGCAAAUCAGAAUAUACGUGUGGACACUUAGGCUCAGGCACUAACGCGUGCAAAUGCGGGGAAAUAGUGGUGAAAUCGGCGAAGGUGCAAAAACCGCUGUUCUACGCGUCGCCGGAAGCAAUCAACGAAGCUGCAGUGGCACGCGAAGCGGUUGGAAGAUUGUCCGUGGGAACGGAUCGGUGGCACGGAUCUGAAAACUUGGCAUCUACUCCCAAAUAUGAACCAUAUACCGAUGGAGCGUUUAGCAGCAGCAGCAGCAGCAGCAGCAGCAGCAGCAGCAGCAUCAGCAGCAGUAGCUCUUCAAGGUCCUCGUCUUCCAUCGGAAUUCUUGGAGGAUCGAUUGGCGGAAGCAACGACUCACCCUUCACUUUUGUCUCGGAUAGAGCUACUUCCAAUUGCGGAUGCGGAAAGGAUCGUUCCGAAUCUCUGGAGGUUCGCGAUCUCCUAUCCACUAAUAUUGAGGGAAAAGUCGUGCCCAGUUUUCCACCGAUCGGCGAUCUGUGUUACCCGAGCGCGCCUAGCAGUAAAUUCCAGGUGACCACCAAAGUGACGCCUGCAUAUCCUGGUAAAAUCAAAUGCGCCCCUCCCAUCCCUUACAAGGUUUGCGUGAAAAUACUCAAUGGACAGAUCGACGAGGCUGGAUUGAGGGAACUCGGUUUAGCAACCGGUGGAUCAAUCGGCAGGAGUGCGAGUAUUUUCGACAAAUAUAUUUCUAACGGUGCAGCCAAGUUAGCUACGCGAUACGGAUCGCACGCAAGUGCCGGCGCGGGUUCGAGCACGUAUGGAUCGUAUUCAGGUGGUAACGCGGGUUCGAUCGCAUACGGAUCGUACGCGGGUGCCGGCGCGGGUUCGAGCACGUAUGGAUCGUAUUCAGGUGGUAACGCGGGUUCGAUCGCAUACGGAUCGUACGCGGGUCCGACCACGUAUGGAUCGUACUCGGGUGCCAACGCAGGCUCGACCGCGUACACGGGUAUCGCGACGUCGAGCAACGUCGAGAGGAUCCAAGGAUCGAGCAAAUCAAGCUACGAUUUUGGCGAUGAUGCAGAGCUUCCCGAAGACUAUUCGUAUCCCCGACUGCCAGCGGAUCCGGUGUCAGUCACUCUAGCGUACAAGAAUUUCUUCCCGCGUACCGUACAUUACAACAAGAGAGCAUUCGUGCCGGAAGACAAGCUGGCGUUCGGUCAUCGAACCGUGCCGACCGAGUCGACACCCAGCAAAAGUGUGCCGGACGUUCCCGAGGAAAAGCUUCAAAUCCUCAAGAAACCCAUUGUAGAGUUGAAGCCGAUACCACAGGCUCCCACCAUCAUCGGCGCUUACGACGAGCACGAAGAAGCAAAAUUGGCGGAGCUCGAGGCCAUUGAGCGCGAGAAGAUAAAUCAGGAGGAGAUCGCCGAACGGUUGCAAGAGAACUUCAUUACGUACGGAGAACUAGGAUACGCGCCAAUCAACAGGCCCAUCGGCCAAUCGGCAGAACCUAUUGGCGUAUUCAACAACGUGGAAGACGAUACCCGCGGAGCAGACUGCGGUCCGGUAGGACCACCGGAUCCCGAUUACGUUCCUGGCAGCGUCGUGAUCAAUCAAGAAGAAAUCGUGAGAAAUCAAGUCGGAGAUGACUCCCUGAGAAACGACGACAGUUCAGACAUCUACGUUCGUCAUUAUGACGAAAUUAGCGACAACGACGACGAGGAGUACGACAACGACGAGCCUAUGACCGGCAUAUUCGCCAGACUGAAAAGUGUCGCCCGAAAGCACGGUCGUUUAUCAUCCUCGUGUGGAGCCGUGUGAUCUUUCGAACGAUACGAAAUGUGUAAAAAGGACUUGCCUUACUGACGAUUCGCGCCUUAUUGACGAUCGAGAUGAAUCUUGAUUGAUCCUUUUGAACGCGCGAAGACGUGGACACUCUCCAGAAUAUUACACU